GACAAUUUUACGUCCUUUAAAAAUUAAAAUGAUAGCUUUUAGUCGCAUUCAUUGUUUUGACCCUCUUUGGUUUCCGCUUAAAGCCGUCGUUCGCCGUUGGUGUUUGUCCUCCGCCAUCUUGCGUUCCUCGCGUUGUUAGCAUUGGGUGGAUUUGAUUCAAGUUUGGAUUAGAAUGGAUGUGCUGCAUCAGAAGCAAAAAAACAAGUACAGUAUAAUUGUUCCUACCUAUAACGAGCGCCUCAACAUUGGUCUCAUUGUUUACCUCAUAGUCAAGCACCUUGGGGAUGCUGAUUUUGAAAUUAUUGUUGUGGACGAUGGGAGUCCUGAUGGUACUCAGGAUGUUGUAAAACAGCUGCAGCAAGUUUAUGGAGAAGAUCGGAUUCUGUUAAGAGCGAGACCUAGGAAGCUGGGUUUAGGAACGGCUUAUAUUCAUGGCAUGAAGCAUGCAUCUGGAAAUUUUGUUGUCAUCAUGGAUGCUGAUCUAUCACACCAUCCAAAAUAUUUGCCAAGCUUCAUUAGGCAGCUGGAAACUGGUGCUGAUAUAGUUACUGGGACUCGUUAUGUUAAAGGUGGUGGUGUGCAUGGAUGGAAUCUUAUGCGCAAGCUAACUAGCAGGGGAGCAAAUGUUCUCGCACAAACACUUCUAUGGCCUGGUGUCUCAGAUUUGACAGGAUCUUUUAGACUUUAUAGGAAAUCAGUGCUUGAAGAUAUCAUUAGUUGCUGUGUUAGUAAGGGAUAUGUAUUUCAAAUGGAGAUGAUAGUACGAGCAUCCAGAAAAGGGUACCAUAUUGAAGAGGUUCCAAUCACGUUUGUUGAUAGAGUAUAUGGAAGUUCAAAACUUGGUGGAUCAGAGAUUGUUGAAUACUUGAAAGGCCUAGCAUAUCUUUUGGUGACAACAUAAUAUGAUAAAAAUCACAAAAACUAUUACAGUUUGACAAAAACUAGAUAUACAUUUUGUAGUUCAAUUACCUGUUUAUUGAUGACAUAAGUUUGGCUGCUAGGAUCUUCAUAACUUGCCUUUUGAAUUUAGUAGGGAGCAUCUGUAUGGCUCCCUGUGUUUAUAACUUUUUUUGAAAUUGAUGAUUAAUCUUUUUUGGUUUUGCUAAAG